GGUCAGUCAUGUUACCUUACGUGUGAAUGGGAGAAACAUGCCCUUUGAUAUCAGAUCAGUACCAUCAUGUCUGAGGAGGUUUACCAAAGGUCGCCAACCUGGUUUUCUUAAUUACCACCACGGAAUGAAAGACAUGCGGCACAAAGAUACCAGACAACCAGACAACAACGUCAAACUUUUCCCGUCACCUGAAGACUCAUUCUGCACAUGAAUAAAUCCAGGCAGCUCAACAUGAAGAGAAGCUUCCAGCUGGGUCUCCUGCUUCUGCUCGCCCAGCUCUUCCAGGAGGGUUUGGGAAACCUUCCCGCUGUCACCAUCGCUGUCCUGGGAUUCAAUGUGUAUCUGUACGUCUUCCCUGCUGCUCCACUGGAGGAGGCCUGCGUGAGCCUCCAACAUGUUUUCCAUAACAAAGAGUGGCGUCGUCUUUUCUUGUCCCCGCUGCACCACAACGAUGACCUGCUUCUCUACUUCAACAUGGCGUCCUUCCUCUGGAAAGGCAUCCACCUGGAGCGACGGCUGGGCGGAGGCUGGUUCCUGUACCUGCUGUCGGUCUUCUUUAUCCUCACCAGUCUGGUCUACCAGCUGCUGCAGGCGCUCAUCGGAAAACUCAUCGAGCGCUCAGAUUCUUGGGCGGGAUUCAUCGACCUGACGUCUCUCAGCGACGAGUGUGCUGUCGGCUUCUCGGGAGUCCUGUUUGCUCUGAAGAUCGUCAGUAACUACCUAAACCCGGAAGGAUUCACAGACGUGUUGAACAUCCGAAUCCCAAACCGCAUCGACUGGUGCGUGGAGCUGGUUCUCAUCUAUCUGAUCGCUCCGGGGACGUCUGUGGUGGCCCACGUGGCCGGGAUCCUGGUGGGUCUGCUCUACAUCUUGGGUCCACUGAAGUUCAUCAUGGAGACGUGUGCUGUUUACAGCGCGACGGGACCUGUAGCAGACAACAGGACGGAGGACAGGAGGACGCAGGGAGGACGACCUGGGACAACUGAGGACAUGUCGGAUUAUUUUGAGUCGUACGUGGCCGGACUGACGGAGGAGCAGCAGAUAGAGAGGGUCAUGGGACAGUGUCUGGAGCAGCUGAGAAGGACGAGGACAACUAGACAAAGGAGACAGAAAGAAACUGAGGACAUCCCUGACGAGGACGAGGAGAAAGAGAGAGGAGGAGGAGAAAGAGAGAGGAGAGGAGGAGGAGGAAGUAAAAGUUGAGGAGCUCAGGAGAAGAAGGGGGAGUAGGUUUGAAGAGGGAGACACUAAAGAAACGAGGAGGCGAUGGUGAAGACGUUUUAUCUCCUCUGCGAUUUAAUGUUUCUCUCAGUUAAACUUUUGCAUCUGAGCCCAGAUCCCAUCCUCUGUCUCAAGCCCUCCCUCCCUCCCUCCCUCCCUCCC